CAUGCUGGAGCAGGAAAUAUACCUACACACCUACAUUUCAUAGGAAAAUAUACAUUAUUGGGAGAUUGCUAUAAACUGGGCAUAAGAUCUAUUUUGCCAUCCUGCAUAAAAGUUUGCACUUUACUUCCUCUGUAUAACGACUGAGCAAUCUUCUCAAGGAUCCCUGCCAGUAACUUCUUAUUCUCAUUGGGCAACGGUUGUCCUGAGUCUAGUGAGCUGCUAGAGGAGAGCAAGCUUUUGCCAGAAGACAGAACGCCUUGCAUACAAGAAGCAAACAGCUAAAAGAAAAUCUGUGUCCUACUGUAUGUGAACAGUGUUCCACUAAGCCUCUGGUUUGCCAUAAAAUGGUGCCGUCUGCAAUAUUGUAAUCAGUGAUGAGGCUUGAAGGAUGUCCUGCUGUCAGAACACAGCAGCUUGAGUAAUGGACUCCUGUGGGUGGGGCUUAGUUCUAAGGGAGUUGGGUUUGCCUAGUUGCUAGGCAUCCAUUAUGCUCUUGUGCAUCAGACGCAAUCUCAAGUAGGCCAAGCAGGUAGCUGGCCUGAAGAAUUGUUGCCAUUUAUCCUUUUCCACCAUGACAUACUCCCUGGAGUUCGGACUUGUCAAUGCUGCAAACAGAUACCUGACUGCCGAACCUUUCCGUUUCCAGGUGGCAGCCACAGGCAAGCAACUGAAGCCUCGUCAGGUGUGGGUACUGCAAUUUGUGACCCCACAUGGAGCUGGAGCAGCUGGCCCAGGAGAAGGGGCUGUCCAAAAAGUUCACCUUAUCAGUGCCCUGAAACGCUACUUAGCAGCUGACCCAAACGGCAAAGUCACCUGUGACCAGGAUAAGCCAGGGCCUCAGACGUUCUUCCUGCUGCAUCAGUAUCCAGAUGGCAAGGUAUCUCUGCAGAAUGAGCAGUCCAAGCGUUACCUGGGCGGGGCAGAGGACAAUGUUACAUGCUUUGCCCAGGCUUCCAGUGAAACAGAAAAGUGGACCCUGCACCUGGCAAUACACCCCAAUGUUGCAAUCUAUAACCCCAACAGGAAACGUUAUGUGCGUUUUGAUGAGAAGGCUGAGGUAUUGCGCUGUGAUCGUGAUAUGCCUUGGGGAGCUGAAUCAGUCAUCACUAUCUACUAUGAUUUCAAAGGUCUGGAUUCCAGGGCACACAAUGCUGACAGAAGGCAAUUGUCCCCAUACAUACCAGUGAAGAAGUAUGGAUUGAGAAAUGGGACAGGUAAACUCUUAGCUUCCAAUGGUUCACUGGUAUCUGACAUUACUGCCCAAACCAUGUACUCCUUGGAAGUCCAUGGUGGCUUGGUUGCCUUCCGGGAUGAUGAGGGAAAGUAUUUGACCGGACGAGAAGGUAGCAUGAAAACCCUGAAGAUGGACAGACCUGGACGGGAUGAACUCUUCAGUGUGGAAGCGAGUCCUGCCCAAGUUUCACUGCGCUCCUCUUCUACCAACAAGUUUGUCUGUUGCAAGCCUGGUGCUGACCUCUAUGCCACUGCAAUGGCAGUAAGUAACACAGAGAUCUUCCAACUGUUGUAUGAUGAUGCUACAAAGAAGGUCUGCUUUCGCGGCCAUUGUGGCACAUACAUGUCCUUGGGACCCAAUGACUGUAUCAUUAGCAGCACCAAACAGGACAAAAAUGUUUGGUUUGAUCUCCAGUAUCAGGAUCAGAAGGUGUUGCUUCACAUGGGAGACAAGUAUGUGUCUAUGCGGCCCAACGGGCAGCUCCUGGCAAUCCCCAAAGCUGCAGGUAAAAGUGAAGAUUUCCUGCUAGUCCUCGUAAACCGGCCUCUACUGAUCCUGCACAGUGAUGCUGGUUAUGUUGGUCUUAGUUCUGAUAUGAGGCGGUUGGAAGGGAACUGUGUUGAUUACGUGCUCAGCAGCCUGUCACUCAGUGAGGAAGGCUACUAUAAUUUCCAAAUCAGUGGCAAAUAUUGGGCCUUGGAUAAAGAUGGGCAAAUCCUGGUAACCAGUGACCGUCCUGGCAAUUUCAGCCUCCAGUUUGUAUCCUCCAGGUGUCUUGUAAUCAAAGCUUCCAACAACAAGUAUCUUGUGGCUGAUCAAGGAGGUCGAGUAUGGACUGGGACUACUGAUGCAUCAAAUGCAACUCUGUUCCAUUAUUGAAUGGUUCUGACCACAAUUAAACUUCUGUUGUGUGUACUCA